AUGGCCGCGAUCGUCACCCUGCGGGUGGGUGUGUUAUUCGCGCUUGUCGGAUUUCUGCUGGCGGUUCCACCGGAGAUCUCGCCGGGUGGUGGAAAUGUACCGGCGACACGUCGGUUUCAUGCCAAGUUCGUUAUUGACCGGAUUGAACCACGGCGGCCUCCACCAUCAACUGACGACCAAUCAACGGCUGGUCCGCUACCGGUUCCAACCGGCCGGACUCGCUCGACCACGCGUUGCCGUGAAGGAUGUCUUCAGAAGCGCUCCAUAAAGGACAUCCUCUGCACGCAACAACGCGAAUGCUCCAUGUGCUGGGACGUGUGCAACCGUAACCACCAGAUCCGGAAGGAGAACGAGCUAGCACACCGGUUACUACUGAGCCUGGUGCGUCUGAUCCGCAACGAAUCGGUGGUAACGGCCGACAUCGAGUGGACGACACCGCUGAAGCUGGUACAACACCAGCCACAUCCGGUCGUGCCGUCACCACUUGCCGCGAGUGAGAACGUCGAACAGCUAUCCCGUAUCGCUCGAGAUGGCGCCGCAGCUCGUGAUGGGCUAUCGCCAUCCUCACGCCUGUUGAAGACGCUUGCUGGCAAACAGGAGGACGUGCUCCAGCAGGACGCACCCGGUGAAGAACUUCUUCGCCCUGCCAGCCAGGAGUACCAUCAGUGUUUGGUGUCGUGGGAGAUCUCCGGAGGAGGGCUCACGGGAAACCUGCUGACGGAAACGUCCAAAGUAGAGUUAUCGCUGUGGCCCAACACCAAGUACCACGUGCGCGUGACCUGCCGCAAUAAGGAAACGGAUUUGCUCAUCCGAUCGCCGUCACUGCUCGUGGACACCGGGGAAGCGGUGAUUGUGAGUCUGCAAAACACCACGACCACCACCAGCUCCACCACGACGACCACUGAGUCUACCCCACCUGGUCCGGUGAAUGGUGCUGCCAUUAACUCCGCCAUCCAGGACGUCAUCUCUAACCGACUGGACAACGUGGAUGGUCAAGCCUCGCCUGUGACGAACGAAGACGACGAGCUACAGGAGUUCACGGAGCAGCAACCACGUCAUCAUCGACAUCACAGCUUCUGGCCGUUCGAUCGGGGCUGUAGUGAUCUAGCAGGAACCUCGACGGGUGGCUCUAAGGAGAUCCUCAUCUUGGGUGCGUUCGUGGCGCUGCUAGCGCUCGUAUUGCUCGCGCUCACCGUUGUGAUACUGGUCCGCCGAAAGCCGGGCCCACUCGAGGACCAGGAGCUGCUGAUCGAGAGCGAGAUCCUGCCGAAGAUCCUGCACGUUUGA